AUGGCGAAGGCGAAACUAUGUGUGGUGACAGAUCGUGGAGUGUACCGGCUGCCGCUGGAUAUUAGUAAACUCCGGAACAGAGAGAAGGUUCCUCCAAAGCUGUAUGUGCCUCCGCAUGUCGAGUUUGAAAAAUUGGAGGGGGAUAUCAAUAAUAUGCCCUUUUUUGUGCUUUCCACACCCACAGUGGAUUUUUUUUCGCUUGAUGGUGAAAUUCCCUAUUAUUUUAUGCAUCCCGUCGUGGUUGAGGAUGAUUUACUUUUGGUUGGGGGUUGGGUGCCUUUUCUCAGUUUUAAUCCUAACAUUGAUGUUGCUUAUGAGAUUGCCUUUGAUCGUCUUAGACCCAUCCCAUCUCCUCUCCGCCUCUCCUCCAAUCCGGACUUGUGUUCUUGGUUUACGACCCAAUCCAAGCGUGAUGUUUUCUUUUACCGAUUUAAGUCUUCAAAUUAUGUUUUGGACGCAACAGACCCACAACAGCUCUCUUUUCAUAGGUUGCAACUCUUCUAUCAUGGCUGCACUCAAGAAGUCCUUCCUAAUCCGCCUGAUGAUAUUAGAGUGUUGAGCCAAACUGGUUGGGGACACAAGUUCCAUAUCAUUACUCGCCCCAAUCACUGUCCGACCACUUUACCAUCAUUAAGUAGUAUUAAUCCAUCAUUACAUACUGCACUCCUUAGUGACUUGAGUCCUGUAGCCUACACUUUUGACUUAUAUGAAGAGAGAUGGUAUAGAUGUCGUCAUCAGUUCACAGCUGCUGUUGAAUAUCAAGGUUUUUUGAUUGGGCUCGCACCUUCUGGGAAACUUGUUUGUUGUCCCUUGGAUUCCCAUGGAAAUCCUGAUGAGCUCACACCUAGCAGGGUACUACAUAAUAUGUUUGAUAUCUGCAUGCUCAGGGGAUUUUCUUAUUUUGAUGCUGAUAGUGCUUUUAUGGGAUUGUAUAAAGAUGGUGAGGUCGACUACAUUUGGUUAGUAUACACGCUUCAAGGCCCGGAUGCGGAUGUUCAUGUUCAUAUGCCUUUCGUGUUGUUUCAAGUUUUCAUUCAGAAUGGUGUCCUCUGCACAAUUGUUGAAGCUUCAGAUCAUUAUGAUUUCCUUCCUGACAGUUUCUUAUGCAAGGCUUUUGUAUGUGCUGACCCGCUGAAUAGUGGUGAUGAGAUCGAUGCAUUCUAAGGACAACAUGCAAGGCUGAGGUUGUUAUGCCAAGAGUGGGUAGACCGACCACCAUCCCUUUUCCUUCUCUUCUUCAAAGAGAUGAGCACCCCUCGCCCUCCUGAGUAGCGUGUUAGGGUUUUUUAGUUUUUUUUACUGCAGUUUGUGAUAGAAUCAACCAGGUACCCCCUCAUUAGAGCAGCAAUUAGCUUGAUAGUUAUUAGCCCGGCUAAUAAUCCAUCUGGCAUAGACAGUACCUCUUCUGCUCAAUAGAGCUCAUCAUGAAUUGAAAUG